GAAUUAUAAUACGAUAUUUAUAUAAAUUAUGGCAUGUUUACUUAAUUAUUAGGACAGAAGCGUCUAAUUUUAUCGCUACGGUGGCAGUGUAAUUCAAUGAGCGUGAUUUGUGUCAUGGGACUUCAAAUAAUAAUUUAUUUGUGUAACUUUUAGAUGAGAGAGUUGAUAUUCUUCAUUUUAGUGAGAGUUAUACUCUCCUUAAUAUGUAAUCGUAAAAUAUGAAGUUGUUUAUCGCCCAUUUAUUGUUAAUGUGAGUUGGCGGGAAUCUGCCGGCUGUAAAUAAGGUUAACUGAGGACCUACGCUGACUUGCAUCCGAGACGCGACAAUGACUUCAGUAGAGGAAGGCGAGACGCCACCGGAGGAGGUGCCGGCGGGAAAUCCGGAGGAGUUAACUAAAAACCCCACCGCCCUAAAGGAGGCUCAUGAACAAAUGGCAACAUUAGAUGUAUUGGUCUGUGGUUUGUGCCACUCAGCAUUCCACUUCGUUGAGGAGUUUAAGGAGCAUAAAGAUGCUAACAACUGCACGGGAAAGUCACCAGUGAGAGAUAGUAAUGAAAGUAAAGCUCAAGUAUGGGCCUUUCUGCUGUGGAAGUGUUCGUCAGUUCGAGACGGGUCCACAGUGAACACAGACAAUAGUUGGAAGCUUUACCAGCAGUGGUGUCGCAUGGCUGAAGCCCAGCGCACAGCGUGGAUCACUGCCGGAUCAAAUGUCCAGGCCUUGUCCAAAUUUGCUCAUGCUAAAGUUAUGGAAUUGAAGACUGAAGACCAACUGGUACCUGUACAAACCCCAGUUCAGCAAGAAACAAAGAAGCGAGGCCGACCAAGAAAAUUAGCCAAGCCGGAGGAUUCUGAAACACAGCCCUCGGGAGAGGAAAGUGAUGAUAUUGUUAAGGCUAGCCCUGGACUCAAGAAUGUCCAAAAAGUACCAAUACCACAAAAUAUUAACAAAACUAAGGAGCUGAACGAGUCGGUGCGGCUGGCGCAGGAGCGCGUGCCGCCGGAGGAGCGCAUCGCGCGGCGCUCGGAGCGGGCGGGCGACGCGGCGGAGGCGGGCGAGUACGUCGUCGAGAAGAUCCUCGCCAAGCGCUUCAACCCGCGCCGCAAGCAGUACGAGUACCUGCUCAAGUGGGAGGGAUAUCCACAUGAACAAAAUACAUGGGAGCCUGUUGAAAAUAUGGAGACCUGCAAACAUUUACUGGAGGCAUUUGAGAAGCAACUCGCGCGUCAAAAGGAAUUGAAGGCAUUACGAGCUCAGCAGCAGCAGCAACAACACCCAGUACAGGUGAAACAAAUAAGUACACCACUACCUCAGGUUGUCAAACAAGUAGUCAAGAAAUCGGACAGUCCUGCAGUUACGCCGUCUGGUCGCCUACAACGCACCAGCAAGGUUCGUGCGUUAGACCAAGUGAAGGCGUGGUGCGGCGCCGAGGACGGGGAACCCGCCGCUAAGAAGGUCAAGAAAGAGAUCUCCAGUGAGGAUGAAGACUACUCCGACCCAGACUCCACUAAAGCUGACAAGAAAGUGCUGAAUGGCCAAUCAUCACCAAAGUCCACUCUGGACCCUGAGCUGGUGAAAUCCCUCGGCCUCGCUGGAAAAGGCAUGCCGAACAUUAAAGGCGUCAUUAAAGUUGACCCCAAACAUAUGCCUAAUCUAACUACAGGUGUUUAUAUUAUGUCGAAGAGUUCAGGCAUUAUGAAGAUUGAUUCCCCUGGCAAAUUAGGACCUGGUCUAAACAUAGAUCAGGAUGUGAUUCGGAAACAAAUAUUAGCAGCUAAACAGAAAAAAUUAGAGGAAACAAAAAAGACAUCCCCCAUUCGCACACCUAUGACAUCACAGAUCAAGAAAACAUAUGGUUCCGGAGGACAGCAGGUUACAGAGAAAACUAUUAUAACUCCAUCUGGGCAAAAGAUCAUUCAGCGCACAAUACAAAGACCGGCUGGACAAGGGUCUGAAGGAAAAUCACCUGUGACAAUUCUCAAUAAGAAACUUGCUCAGGGCGACAGUUUACUGCGGCGCGGCGGGUCGGGGCGGGGACGCGGCCGCGGCGGCUACUCCGUGGCGACGGCCGGCGGGAACAUUGUACGCAUUCGCGACAAAGUCGUCGUGCCCUUAGAUUUUGAUCAGUCGGACGCGUCGUCGGACACGUCAGACGGCAUCGAGGACCCGUUCCCGCGGCAGCUGGGCCCGCUGCCGCCGCCCAGCCCCGAGCGCGAGCUGACGCUGUGCCCGCUGACGGGGCGGCGCCUGGCCCGCGCCGAGGGCGAGCCCACGCCGCCGCCCACGCCGUCCCCGCCGCCCACGCCGCCGCCCCAGCCUGACCUACCCGCCACCAUGCUCAUGAAGGUUGAAAUGUCUCCGGGAGGCACGACAGGAAUGCUGGUGCAAGGUGACGGCGCUCAACCCUCAUUACCCGUGCUCACAGACGAAGAUGGCAUGGAUUUUUCACAGACUGAGGUGAAAGUGGAGGCCAGUGCAGUGAAACAGUUGUUAGAAGGAAGCGUGGGAGUUGACGACGGUGAAGAGGUCGGGCUACUUCACUCUGGUCACACGCCUAUUAUGAUCCGAGGGGAAGAUGGAGUGCUAUAUCAGGUCGCGGGAGAGAAUGAAGCGGGACAGACGUUACUCGUGGCGGCUGAGGGAGUCGAUGGAGCAGUGGAGGGAGUGGAAGGUGCUGUGGAGGGCGACGGUGACGUCAUGUAUGUCACUAGGGAGGAUGGACAGGUACUGGCGAUCGACCCGUCGCAGCUGGCGCAGCUGAUGCCGGGCGGCGAGGCGGCGCCGGCGCUGCAGCAGGUGGCGGUGCAGGUGGAGGGCGAGCCGGGCGAGGACGCCACGCAGGUCAUCGCGCAGCUCCUGCAGGCAGACCUGCCUUCACCAGGUGGCACAAGAAGAGUAGUACUUAUGUUACCCGACGGAAGCUUGACUAUGACUGAACUUGAUAAGGAGCAGUAUGAAUCUAUCACAGAAGCCAGCAAAGCACAAGAGUAAUUGUGGUAAACAAGUUAUUAAUGAUUGAACAAAUCUGAAUCAUUAGUAAAUGGAUCUAGCGAUUUAUCUAAGCCCCAACCAUAAAGGUUUUGUUUUAUGUUAUGGGAUUGAUUCUUAUAAAAAGUUUUUAUGGUUUCGGAUAAUUAAAUUGUAUUUGCGAAGUGAAUGUGGAUGUAGAUAGAAUUUAUAAUGUAAUACUUUGUACAAGUGUGUACCACAUUUAAAGUUAAUUUCUUUGCAAUUAUUUGGCUGAUUUUUCGGAGAAAUUCAUCAUUUUAAUUAUUUUAAGUUUUGAUUCAAAAAUCAUUGUUGCUUCCAGAACUAAUAAAAUCUGACGACUGGAAAAUCAGCCUUGAUAUGUUAGAUAGAUUUUAGCGACGCUGUAGACAGUUGGCAUAACUACACAAUGAAAAUGAAGCUAGAAAUAUGCGAUACAAAUUAUGUUUCUACAAUUUCAUAUCUGCAACAUAGCAAUUAAGGACACCAUCUCAUGCUUUUGGUUUUUCACCAUAUUUUAUAUAUUAUUUUGUGGUUGCAAGUAGCUCCUCUUGUUAAUGUAGCAUAGUAGGUAAGUAUUGAGAUUCUCGGCUCACAAGACUGACUGCCACGAUGCUGUACAUUUUAUAACAACAGUAUGUGUUGUUCAGGAGUUUCUUGUAAGAGAUAGCAUUGGCUAAGAACAAGUCAAUGAAUUUUAUGAUAAAACUUAGUCUUAGAAGUAGCUUUAAAAAGGCUAUAAAAAUAGUUUUUUUUUUUUCUAUUUUAUCAUUUUGGUGGUGCAGAUACACUAGGAAAUAUUCACUAUCAUGAACUUUUAAUUACAAUAGAUUUAUAUUCCUGAUAUGUGUAUGUACAUAGUUUGUUCGUAGAAAAUUUUAGACUUUACGCUACAUGGCUAAAAUGCAAUUGAAGAGUAGUAAAUAUAAAUUGUAAUGACA